AUGAAGGGCUUGAUAUUAGCCCUGGUUUUAACCCUGGUGGGGAGCCAGCAUCUUAAUUACCAACCUGAUUUCAGUGAAAGCAAGGUUUAUACAUUUGAUUAUGAAACCACGCUUCUCAGUGGAAUUCCAGAGAAAGGACUUGCAAGAGCUGGAAUAAGAAUAAAAAGUAAAGUGGAAAUUAGUGGUAUUGGGCCAAAACUUUGUCUUAUUAGGAUACACUCGAUCGAGGCCGCGGAGUACAAUGGUGUCUGGCCCACAAGCUCAUUCUCCCGAUCACUGAAACUGACCCAGGUCCUGACUGGGCAGCUCAGUAGCCCCAUCAAGUUUGAGUACAGCAAUGGCCACGUUGGAAGCAUUAUGGCUCCUGAUUCUGUCUCAGAUGAUGGUCUGAACAUCUACAGAGGGAUUUUGAAUGUGCUGGAGCUGAGCGUAAAGAAGACGCAGAAUUCAUACAGUUUACAGGAGGCUGGGAUUGGAGGUGUUUGUAACACAACAUAUGCAAUUCAGGAAAACAAGAGAGCAAACCUAGUCUAUGUGACCAAAUCCAAGGACCUGAACAGCUGUGAAGAGAAAGUUCAAAUUGUCACAGGUUCAGCAUACACUCAUCCAUGCAAGACGUGCCAGCAGAGGAACAAGAAUUCCCGUGCAACUGCUACUUACAAUUACAAAAUUAAAUAUACGCGUAGUGAAGCUGUAAUUACACAAGCUGAUGUUGAGGAAAUCCACCAGUUUGCACCCUUCAACGAGAUAACAGGAGGAAAUGCUAUCGUAGAAGCAAGGCAGAAAUUUGCUUUGACUGAUGUGCAGAAACAGAGGGCAGAGGUCCCACCAAAAGAGUAUCAGAAUCGUGGGUCUCUUCAGUAUCAGUUUGGCAGUGAGUUGCUUCAGCUUCCUGUCCACUUAUUCAAAAUAAAAGAUGUGGAAAACCAGAUAGAGGAAAGCCUGCAAGAAUUAGUAGAAGCCACCUCUGAGCAGCUUCCCAGUGAUGCACCAGCAAAAGCUCUCAAGCUUCUGCACCUCUUCCGUGCAGCAAAUGAGGAGAAUUACGAAUCGGUGUGGAAGCAGUUCUCCAAUCGGCCAGCGUACAGGCGCCACAUUUUGGAUAUAAUUCCUGCAGUGGCCAGUCACCGAGCUCUCAGGUUCCUGCGGCAUAAAAUGGAAAGGCAGGAGCUCACCAGCUGGGAAGUGAUUCAAACAGUGCUUGUGGCUCUGCACUCCAGCACUCCAACGUGGGAUGUGAUGGAGGAGGCAACGCUCAUUGUGAAGAAGCAGUGCCAGCACUCAAGCUCUGUGCUUGGGAAGGUUUGCCACCUCAGCUACGCGUCACUGUGCCACAAACAGUGCUCCUCAUCAGACUCCUGCUCCCAAUGUCUACAGCUUCUUCAUGGCUUUGCAGGAGAGGCAUUGAGCAAGUCUAGCACAGAAGAAAUUUCCCUGGCUUUGAAAGCCCUUGGGAAUGUAGGACAUCCAGCUAGCAUCAAGCACAUCAAGAAGUUUUUGCCAGGAUAUGCAGCUGGUGCCUCGGAUUUUCCUCUCAGGGUCCACGCAGCUGCUGUGAUGGCCCUGAAGAACAUAGGCCUAAAAGACCCCAAAACGGUCCAGGCUAUUACCCUUGAGAUUUUCCUGAAUCAAAAAUGUCAGCCUCGAAUCCGAAUGUUAGCUGCAGCGGUGUUGCUUGAAACCAAGCCAGGACUUCCAAUCGUGAUGGCAUUAGCUGAUGCUGUGCUGAGGGAACCUAGCAUGCAAGUGGCAAGUUUCAUCUACUCUCACUUGAGGGCCCUGGGUAGAAGCACAGCUCCGGAUCUUCAAGAGAUGGCUUCUGCCUGCAGAAUGGCUGUCAGAGCACUAAGUCCCAAAUUUGACAAAUCCGGAUAUCAGUUCAGCAAGGUUUUCCGCUUCAGUAUCUUUAAAGAGUUCCUUAUGAGUGGGCUGGCAGCUAAAUAUUUGGUAUUGAAUAAUGUGGGUAGCUUAAUUCCAGCUAUGGCAAUGUCCCAGCUACGGACACAUUUCCUUGGAAGAGUGGCUGAUCCCUUGGAGGUAGGAAUAACAAUUGAAGGACUGCAGGAGGUGUUUGCUAAAGGUUACUCUCCUGACAGGGACUGGGAGACUGACUAUGACUUCAAGAAAAUUCUGAAAACGCUCUCUGACUGGAAGGCAUUCUCCAGUGACAAACCUUUUGCAUCAGGCUACUUGAAGAUGUUUGGCCAAGAGCUGUUUUUUGGUGGACUUGAUAAAAACACCAUCCAAAACGCACUGCAGGCAUGGUAUGGAUCUGAUGAAAAAAUCCCUUCACUAAGGAGAAUAAUCAGUAGCCUUCAAAGUGGGGUAGGGAGGCAGUGGACCAAAACUCUUCUGUCCUCUGAGAUCCGCCGCAUCGUGCCCACCUGCACUGGCUUCCCAACAGAGACCAGCUUCUAUUACUCUUCUAUCACAAAAGUGGCAGGAAAUGUUCAAGCACAGAUUACACCUUCUCCAAAGUCUGAUUUCAGAUUGACUGAGUUACUAAAUGCCAACAUUAGGCUGAGAUCCAAAAUGAGUCUAAGCAUGGCCAAGGAGAUGACCUUUGUAAUGGGAAUCAACACACACACAGUCCAGGCAGGGCUGGAAGCACGCACCAAAAUGAGUGCUCAUGUACCUGUGAAUGUUGUUGCCACUAUCCAGAUGAGGGAAAAAAGUAUCAAAAUUGAAAUUCCACCAUGUAAAGAUGAGACUAACAUAAUUAGCAUAAGGUCUAAGACAUUUGCUGUUACACGAAAUAUUGGGGAUUUGGAUGCUACUAAGAUGACUCCAGUUCUUUUACCUGAAGCAGUGCCUGACAUAAUGAAGAUGUCCUUCAAUUCAGAUUCUGCAUCAGGCGAGACUGAUAACAUUUGGGAUAGACAGUCUGCAGAGGAUGUUUCAUCAGGAAAUCCCUUUUCUUCUGGACAUUCUUCUUCCCAAAAAGAGCCAUUUGUUCGGUCCGUGUGCUUCAACGCAAGUACGUUUGGAGUUCAAGUGUGCAUUGAGAAGAAAAGUGUGCACGCAGCAUUUAUCAGGAACGUGCCUCUUUAUUACCUGGUUGGAGAGCAUGCCCUGAGAAUGACCUUCAAGCCAGUUUACACUGAGGCACCCAUUGAAAAAAUACAAGUCACAGUUCAAGCAGGAGACCAAGCUCCUACAAAAAUGGUACGCCUAGUAACAUUUGAAGAUCCAGAAGCACAAGCAUCUUCCAGAAAAGAAGCAAUUAAAAAAGUGAAGAAGAUCCUUGCUGACACUGAUGAUCAGGGGACAAGAAAAUAUAGGAGCUCAUCAUCCAGUGCCAGCAGUGCCAGUGGGAGUGCCGAGAGUACAACGAGCAGCCCCUCCAGCAGCAGCUCUGAUGACAGAGCAUCACAGGGAGGAACCCAGAUAAAUCUGAAAACAGGGCAGUCCAAAGCCAAAGGAAAGAAGUUCUACCCCUUUGGGGGCAGUGGCGGUAGCAGCAGUAGUGGUAGCGGUAGCAGCAGCAAAAGCAGUAGUAGCAGCAGUAGUAGCAGCAGUAGCAGCAGUGGCAGCAGUAGUAGCAGCAGUGGCAGCAGCAGUACCAGAGGUAGUGCUGGUAGCAGCAGCAGUAGCAAAGCAUCUGGUAUAAAGCAUAAGGCUAAGAAGCAGUCCAAGACCACAUCAUUUCCACUUGCCAGUGCUGCUAAAGGAGAGAGAAGUGUCCGUGAGCAGAAGCCUAAAACAUGGAGUAGCAGCAGCAGUGAAAGCACUGGUGUUUCCCAUUGGCACAGCAAAUCUGACAAACGAGCUGAGACGAACCACGUCAAGAACCAAGUGAACAGUGGCAGCAGUCACUACAUUUCUACAGAAUGGGAAUCUCACCUUCCAAAAGUAUACAGUCUCCGCUUCAGGCCUGCUCACAUCCAUUGGCAUCCAGAUCAUAAAGGAUCAAGCAGCUCAUCAUCAUCUUCCUCUGAACUGGGAAGCAGCCACAGAAACAGCAGCAGGAGCAGCAGCAGCAGCAGCAGCAGCAGCAGCAGCAGCAGCAGCAGCAGCAGCAGCAGCAGCAGCAGCCGCCACCACCAUGGAGAAAAUUCUGCUCACAGCUCAAGGAGGAGCAAAAGAGUCAGCAUUCAUCACCACAGCCAUGGCUCCAGCCUGACACGUGAGCGCAACUUCCUGGGAGAUGUAAUUCCACCUGGCAUUACGAUUGUGGCACAGGCAGUAAGGAGUGACAACAGAAAUCAAGGUUAUCAAGCUACAGCAUAUGUUCGUUCUGAUGCUGCCAAAGUUGAUGUGCAACUAGUUGUGGUUCAGCUGGCUGAAACCAAUUGGAAAGCAUGUGCUGAUGCUGUGAUACUGCCUCUGAAAGCACAGGCCAGACUGAGAUGGGGCAAGGAGUGUCGGGAUUACAGGAUAUCAGCAGUGGCCACCACAGGAAAACUGGCAAGGAAGCCAGCUGCACAGCUGAAGGUGCAAUGGGGAAAGCUUCCAUCCUGGAUAAAAAAGACAAGCACAGCAUUCAUACGAUACGUUCCUGGUGCAGCACUUGUGUUGGGCUUCUCAGAAGUACAUCAGAGAAAUCCAUCUCAUGAAUUUACAGUAAGAGCAGCUGCAACAUCUCCACGAACAAUUGAUACAGUAAUUAAAGCUCCUGAGGUAACACUUUAUUGUCAGGGAUUCCGAUUGCCAUUCACUCUGCCCUUAGGCCCAUCUCCAGCUUACGAGACUCGAGAUAUCACUGCCUGGAAUUUAUUCCCUGAAAUAGCUUCACAAAUAGCACAAGAAGAUCAAUCCACGUGUGAAAUCAGGGAGAGAGACUUCAAAACAUUUGAUCGUGUGAGCCAUUCAUACUCUUUCAAUAAAAGCUGCAACCUGGUGGUGGUUCAAGACUGUACUGAGCACCCAAAAUUCAUCAUUUCUACAAGAAAGGUUGAUCCUCAGUCUUUCUCAAGAGAGGUUCACAUAAAUACAACAGCAGCGAACAUCACGAUCUGUCCUGCCUCAAAUUCGUCUCUCCUUGUGGCAUGCAAUGAAGAACAAGUUCUAUCACACAGUGGAGGUUCUGAUUAUGAAAAAAACAAUGUUAAAAUUUAUAAAAAUGGAAAAACCGUUACCGUGGAAGUUCCAGGGCUCGGACUGAAGAAGGUGACUUUUGAUGGUGUAAAUCUUCAGGUUACGGUUGCUUCAUGGAUGAGAGGAAAGACCUGCGGAGUUUGUGGUAAUAAUGACAGAGAAAAGGAAAAUGAGCUCCUCAUGCCAAACCGUAGGCUGGCACACAGCUGCUCUGCGUUUGUUCAUUCAUGGGUAUUGCUAGAAGAAACCUGCUCUGGUGGGUGCAAGCUGCAGCGCAGUUAUGUGAAGCUAAAUCGAAAUCCUACUGUUGAUGGUGAGGAAUCUACGUGCUACUCUGUUGACCCAGUACUGAAAUGUAUGAAAGACUGUACUCCAAUUGAAAAAGCUUCAGUAAAGGUUGGCUUCCACUGCUUCCCAAAAGAAACUGCUGUAAGCCUGUUGGAAUGGCAGAAAAGCAGCGAUAAGAAAUCUGCAUCUGAGGAUGUUGUGGAGUCUGUGGAAGCUGACAUUGAUUGUACCUGCACUGGCAGCUGUAGUUAAGUUAAAUGCUUUGGCGGUGUGCUAUAGACAUACUACACAAAUAAUUGACUAGCUGGACAGAUAAGAAGGGAACAUAAUAGCUGUAGUAAAAUAUUAAGAAAGGUGCUUGAAGAAAAUAAGCCUACUGCAAAGUCAAAUGCAUUAUGUACAGUCUGCACUGCUUAAUAAAUAUGUUCAUUAAAUAAG